AUGAGUGCCAAUCCUUUUCAAAUAUUUGUUAGAGGCAUCGAAGGAAGGACGAAUACGAUUAAUGAUAUCACGCCAGAAACUAAGGUUAUAGAUAUUAAGAAAAUGGUGGAAGUUAAGACAGGUGUGCCACCUGAGGAACAGCGUCUCCUUUUUGCCGGGAAACAACUCGAAGAUAAUUUAACAGCGGAUUUCUAUAAAAUAACGAAAAAUUCUACACUUCAUUUGGUCCUUAGACUCUCGGGUGGCUCAGAUGAGAAGCGUCAUGAUCCCAACGAUGGCGUUGAGCUAACCAACGAGCCCGAUAUGAUCACUUGGGAGGACGACCCAGACAACUUACGUGCAAAAAUGCCAUGUGGCCACGCUAUUGGUCCCGAAUCCCUGACUACCUUUUGCAGAUCACUUGUUAGCGAAGGCAAAUUUCAAUUUUUUUGUCCGUAUAUCAACCCGACAAACAAUGCUCGUUGUCAUGCGGAAUGGCAAUAUAUUGACAUCCGCAAGAUAGGUCUGCUUACUGACGACGAGCGCCAAUAUUUUGAGUCCAAGAUUAGUGAAAAUUAUGCUUUUCGCGCUCUCGGCGCUCAAGAAUGUCCUCAGUGCUCCACAUUCUGUGAGAGAAAAGAUAAGAAACGGACAUCGGUAAUCUGUUUGAUAUGCUCAAGGAAGCCGGACGUCAGAGAAUACGCAUUCUGUUGGUACUGCUUGCACGAAGUUAAGAGUUCAAAUGGUUAUCGUUGUAAUAACAAUCUCUGUGGCGGUGUCGAUCCACGUCUAGCCAUUCUCAAAAAUGCGGUCACCAAGGCAGCGUAUCCGGAGUACCAUCGUGCCGCGCAUGCCCGAAAUGUGGUACAAUUAUCGAACAUGACCGCAACUGCAAGCAUAUGA